UUGUCAAGCCCUUUGAAUUUUUGUUAACAGGUUUUAAUCUACACGUGUUUCUUGUACAUCUUAUUACAGUUGUCGAGCUCAUUUUCAUAAACUUAAUACAGCGGCCUAGUAGAUAACAAAAAAUGGUUUAAAUGCAUAUACAUAACGUAGUCCUUCACAUAUAGUCUGUGAAGACCUUCUGGAGACUUUUGAUCAGAAUGGCCAUCAGCGUCGGGUUCUAUCGUGCAUCAUGUGUUAAAACCUUUACAAUGUUCCUUCAAUCUCAGUUCGAAACUAGCCGUUGCCUAGUCAGGCCUUCAUGAGAUAGAAGACCGACUUGGCUUCCACAAGAUGAGACAAAACCAUCUGAGUUCGCAAUUUCAGACGAAGUUCCGCCCAACGCUAGGACGAGACUCAAGUGUGGCCGAAAAGUAGCAACUGCACUUUCAUGUAUAAUCCACGUUUGGCCACUUUCUCGCUUCGUGGAUUUCUCGCUUCGUGGAUUUCUCGCCACCAGAAAUCGAAAUCGAACGAAAUGCCCGUCCAUGGUUAUAAUGGAGACCUUUCGCCCUUUAAUUCGAAUUUCAAGGAAGACUGUGCGUGGAGAUCCAAAAGAAGUGUGAUGAAAAACUCAAUUUGAGUUCAAUUUGCAUCUUCUGCCGCUGAGCAGUGCACAUGCCGCAAGAUGGAUUCGGAAGAAGAUGUUCUCCAGUAUGCUGCACACGAGAGCUAGCUGUUCAGAAUGAUCGUGUAGAUCUCAGGGUCAUAAUUGCACCAACAUUAAGGAAGUCUUCAGUCUCGAAAGGUAGAACAAAUCCCAUAGCUUUGAAGGAGCAGCCUCUACCCGUACGUUUUUAGUUGAACGACCACCUUUCAAGAUCAGGACGUAGUACACAUCUGACUAAAAAAUGCCAACUAAGAGAAAAGGGAGGCGUAGGAGCAGGAGUCAAAGGAAACGACAGAAAGUGGAGUCAGGGCACUCAGGGUCCGUGAGAGAUAAAGACUCGGAUUCUGAGGAAGAUGGACCAGGGUUCAGAUCCGGUCCUAAGGUUCGUGCAGACCAGGCAAAAACAGAUAUGGAAGGUCCAUUGACAGGUGACCCUUAUCUGCUAACAGCACGUCUUCCUAAGGUGGUGAAACUUCGAUCCGACGAAGAGAUGACGAAAAUUUAUAACUUUGAGGGCAUCAUCGGGAAGGGGGACUUUUCUGUCGUAAGAAAAUGCACCGAAAGAGAGACCGGCGACGUGUUUGCCGUGAAAGAGAUCGACAAGCCCUUCGUCUUCGAACGCGAUGCGCAGAAGGUGGUCAAGCGCUCCAUGUUCCUCGAGGCGGCCUGCUGGACUUACCUCAUCCCACCCCAUCGCAACGUCGUCAAAGUACACAAAGUUUACGAAUCGCCCCGAAUGAUCUACAUCGUGAUGGAGUUGCUGGGCAAAUGGACAUUAGACAACUCCGCCGCCGGGAUGAGUUGUGACGAAGCAUGCAUUGCGUUCAAGAAAAUCAUCGAAGCCGUGGCUCACAUUCACGACGUAGGAGUCGUCCACUGCGAUCUGAAAGCUGAAAACAUCUGUUUGAGAGAUGGUGAACGACUGGAACCGGUUAUCAUCGAUCUCGGGAAUGCAAAGCCCAUGAUCCUUCCCAAAGAAAAUGAAGAAGAGCUGCAGAUAUUCAAUCUACUGGCUCCGCACGAAAAGCGGCGUAAGGUGAGCAGGGACGUGGACAUGCAAGCGCUCGGGAGGAUAUUAGAGUGGCUUCUAACGGGGCAAAAAAGCACGCCACAUUCUAGAGCUCUUUUAACUGUCAAAGGAAAUAUCGUGCAAUACAAAGAAGGCGUUACUCCUUACGCUAAAGAUUUGCUUGAUCUCCUGUAUACGGAACGAGAACGCGAAAUGUCCACAGUCUCGGAUCUUUUGGAACAUUUCUGGUUCCUAGAAAAGCUCGAGAAGGCGCGAGAAGACGCGAAGAUGGAGGCUCGUGGCUCGGUAUAAACCCAGGCACUGCUGAUAAAUCUGACGGUAUGACUUCAAGGUUAGGUAAAGGAUUUGCUUACAAUUGCCAAUAUCUAUGCUUCGAAGCGAUGAAAUCAACCAUUCGAUUGAAUAUCAUUGGAUAACCGAUUGAUCGGAAUCUGCAUUACGAUCAUAGAAAGUAUGGAGUGAAAAUAUAUCGAUGGAAAAAAUGUAUAAAUACCUAGCAAGGAGCCACAUUUGACUUACAGGGCGUGUAAUCUGAAUGAUGGACUAUGAUUUUUAUUAAAGUGAAAUCAUGAUCACCA